UCCUGACUAGCCCGCCUCACACAGAAGGCCGUCGGUGGGGUGUUCGUCUCCCAAGCUUCUGGGCCCGAAUUUACAAUUAAUCUUAAACCGCUAAGCUUGACUUUAGGGCGAGUUUAACUUUAUUCUUCAUCUUAUCCCUCAUAAGUUGAUCUUAGCUGACGGGAUAUUUUAGGCGGGCCCAAACCCGUAUUAAGGAGCCUAAGUCGAACUUCAGUCGCCAAGAUGGCCGAAUGUCAACAAGCCCGCCAGCGCCUAGUGAAGACUUUUCAAGAGCGAAGAGACGUUCUGAAUACUUUGAGUGAUGCAGAACUAUUGAAACGCUACAGACUGGAUCGUGCAGGAGUACUGUUCGUAACGGAUUUGGUGAGAGGGGCCCUGCAAAGCCCUACUUCAAGGAGUUUUGCAUUGACACCCGAAAUGAAAGUAAUUAUUACACUGCGUUACUUAGCAACGGGGAAAAUGCAGAUGUGUAACAGUGAUGAUCUUGGUCCAUCACAGUCGUCAGUAAGCAAAGCGAUCACCGAUACCCUCAAGGCACUUACACAACCAGCCAUACUUGUCCAAUUCAUUCGAUUUCCUCGCACUGUCCCUGAAAUCCGAGAGAAACAACAAGAAUUUGUGCAAGUUGCAAACUUCCCUGGCAUUGUUGGUGUAAUAGAUUGCACGCAUGUCAGGAUACUGGCCCCCAGGGAAUAUGAAGCAGACUAUGUCAACAGGAAGAAUUUCCAUAGCAUAAACACACAAUUAGUGUUUGAUGCCAAAUAUAAUAUUCUUAAUGUUGUAGCUAACUGGCCUGGGUCCACUCAUGAUGCUCGUAUUUGGCGUGAGAGUGGCCUCAAACGCAUGUUUGAGGAUCAUCAUAUACCACCGGAUUCAUGUCAUCUAUUAGGGGACAGUGGCUACCCUUGCAGACGGUAUCUGUUGACUCCCUUCCCUCGGCCACAGACUGACAGCCAGGCAGCAUACAACAGGGCACACAAGAAAACCCAGAGUAUUGUGGAACGAGGAAUAGGCCAACUGAAAUGUCGGUUCCAUGUCCUCCAUGGUGAAGUCCGGCUCAACCCUGAAAAAACCUGCCAAGUGAUCCUUGCAUGUGCUCUGCUUCACAACAUAUGCAAGAAGAGGAAUAUUCAGCUGCCAGAUGAAAAUGUCGCAGAUGUGGAUGACAAUAUGGAGGUUGAAGAUGAACAUCAAGAAGUGCAGUUGCCACAGGAUGCAGCAAAUGGAACACGUUUCAGGGAGGUGUUCUGCAACCACCAUUUCCAUGCCGAGCCAUGAAUCCAUAUCAGCCUGUACAAGUUGACACAUCUUCAAGCAACACGUCAACCAUGCAUGGGGGCUUUACAGGAAUGCUUGACCUUCCUCUGGGACGCAUGGCUCUGCGGCCGGGUCCCUUAAACUUUUCAUUAACAACAUUACCAACCAGGUCACGCUGAGAGGGAAGACUACUUAUUUAUCCCUGCUUCACCUCAGUAAGUGGUACUUCGACCCCUGCUCCACCUCUCUAAGGGUCAAGGGAAUACGCUUCAAACCCUGCUCCAUCUCCCCAAGGGCUCGAAGUAACGCGAUGUGGAGGACCAGCGUGGAGGAGUGAGCAGACUACACUGGGACUCAGCCGAACGCCAACACCUUUACCCGGCUUCCCAUUCAGCUCUCACCGCCAUAUGGGGUUGCUGCCUAAAGAGGGGUUUGAUCUAGCGUCACCUCCACCUAACUACGCCAGGUCACUUUCCUUCACACACGCUAAAGUUUUUUUUCUAGGAGGAUGAAAAAAUAACCAAAUUCACAAUUGUAUUUAUUUAUUAGGCUGCCAUGGACCUCUGUCUGGAAAGAAAACAAAACUUCGGUCCAUAUGACGCCUUUGUAAAAUGAUUAAGCAGGACACAGCAAGAAGCACAUAUAUGUGGUGCAGAGAUUAAUCAAGCUGUAAAGUGGGGUGCAGGUACCAAGCAUGACUUAAUACGAAGCAUUGCAUUAUGAGUAAAUUAAUAUUUCCACGUUUACUGCAAUUUUGUGGUGUACGUUAUAAUUUUGUUAUUCUGAAUUGAAAUGUGUUUAGUAUUUACUAUGAUCACCACUUCACUAUAAACAUAGGAUAAGCUGUGGGGGACAAGUAAGAAUAAAUAUAUAUAAAUAUA